GGUGUUAAGCGAUAAAGGGGGGGGGGCAGAACAAGUCUUUUAUCCCGCCCUUUAAUUGGUCACUUUAAGAAAGAAUCCUAUCUUCCCACCGCAGCUGAGAAGACACUUCUAAGAAGUACAGCUAAAAGGUGGAGGACUGAUAAACAACUUAGAGGUUGGUUUCGGGGAACGAUAAAACAAGCAAUGGGCUGCCCGGCCUGCGCCGCGGAGUCCCGAGGAGCCUGCGCUGGGCUCCUUGCGCGGGGUCUCGUCAUCUCCGGGAAGACUCGGCGCCUGGGUCUGAGCUCUCUGGGUAAGCUUUCCGGGUAGCUUCCCCGGGAGCUCGCUGGUCCUGGCCGCAGAAGCUUGAGGACCCACCCAGUGAGGAUAAGCAGCUGAAAGGCCGCGCGGUGCCGCUUGAGGCCCCGGGACGUGGGCCGGUAAGUGGUCGGCCUGGGAGUCGGCCUGGCACCACCUUUCCGGGGGAAGCCACGCGCCUCUGGCAUCGCACGCGGCUCUGCACCCGCGCCGCCCGACCUGAAACCCGGCGGAAGGCACACGGGGCUGCCGCUGCGGGCCCCUGACCAGCCCACGCUUACUCCAGAGCCUGUACGGGAGCCGAUGGGUCGGAGCUCCCGGCGCGGAGUCGCCCCGCGGGUAUGUGCGAAAGGCGGGGCUGCCUACACGCGGUGCCGCGCCCUGAGGCCGGUUAUCUGCAGUCGCCGCAGUCUCCCGGCUCUGCUUGGGACGAUGCGCGAACCGGGAACCCCAGAGCGCGGUGGCUAGACCAGGCUCCGCUGCCUCCCCAGCGGCUCCUUUCUAAUCGUUCAGACGGAGCCUGGUCGACUCCGCCGGAGACUGCCAGAUCUCGUUCCUCUUCCCUUUGUCAUCUUCUUAAUUAUAAAUAAUGGGGGAUGAAGAUAAAAGAAUUACGUGUGAAGAUUCAGAACCAUCCACAGGAAUGAAUCACAUGCCCUCCAUGCAUCAAGAAACACAGGAGGAGACAGUUAUGAACCUCAAAGGUAUAGAUGCAAAUGAACCAACAGAAGGAAGUAUCCUUUUGAAAAGCAGUGAAAAAAAGCUACAAGAAACACCAACUGAAGCAAAUCACGUACAAAGGCUGAGACAAAUGCUGGCUUGCCCUCCGCAUGGUUUACUGGACAGGGUCAUAACAAAUGUUACCAUCAUUGUUCUUCUGUGGGCUGUAGUUUGGUCAAUUACUGGCAGUGAAUGUCUUCCUGGAGGAAACCUAUUUGGAAUUAUAAUCCUAUUCUAUUGUGCCAUCAUUGGAGGUAAACUUUUGGGACUUAUUAAGUUACCUACAUUGCCUCCACUGCCUUCUCUUCUUGGCAUGCUGCUUGCAGGGUUUCUCAUCAGAAAUAUCCCAGUCGUCAACGAUAAUGUACAGAUCAAGCACAAGUGGUCUUCCUCUUUGAGAAGCAUAGCCCUGUCUAUCAUCCUGGUUCGUGCUGGCCUUGGUCUGGAUUCAAAGGCCCUGAAGAAGUUAAAGGGCGUUUGUGUAAGACUGUCCAUGGGUCCCUGUAUUGUGGAGGCGUGUACAUCUGCUCUUAUGGCCCAUUACCUGCUGGGUUUACCAUGGCAAUGGGGAUUUAUACUGGGUUUUGUUUUAGGUGCUGUAUCUCCAGCUGUCGUGGUGCCUUCAAUGCUCCUUCUGCAGGGAGGAGGCUAUGGUGUUGAGAAGGGUGUCCCGACCUUGCUCAUGGCAGCUGGCAGCUUUGAUGACAUUCUGGCCAUCACUGGCUUCAACACAUGCUUGGGCAUAGCCUUUUCCACAGGCUCCACUGUCUUUAACGUCCUCAGAGGAGUUUUGGAGGUGGUAAUUGGUGUGGCAACUGGAUCUGUUCUUGGAUUUUUCAUUCAGUACUUUCCAAGCCGUGACCAGGACAAACUUGUGUGUAAGAGAACAUUCCUUGUGCUGGGGUUGUCUGUGCUAGCUGUGUUCAGCAGUGUGCAUUUUGGUUUCCCUGGAUCAGGAGGACUGUGCACGUUGGUCAUGGCUUUCCUUGCAGGCAUGGGAUGGACCAGCGAAAAGGCAGAGGUUGAAAAGAUAAUUGCAGUUGCCUGGGACAUUUUUCAACCCCUUCUUUUUGGACUAAUUGGAGCAGAGGUAUCUAUUGCGUCUCUCAGACCAGAAACUGUAGGCCUUUGUGUUGCCACCGUAGGCAUUGCAGUAUUGAUACGAAUUUUGACUACAUUUCUGAUGGUGUGUUUUGCUGGUUUUAACUUACAAGAAAAGAUAUUUAUUUCUUUUGCAUGGCUUCCAAAGGCCACAGUUCAGGCUGCAAUAGGAUCUGUGGCUUUGGACACAGCAAGGUCGCAUGGAGAGAAACAAUUAGAAGACUACGGAAUGGAUGUGUUGACAGUGGCAUUUUUGUCCAUCCUUAUCACAGCCCCAAUUGGAAGUCUGCUUAUUGGUUUACUGGGCCCCAGGCUUUUGCAGAAAGUUGAACAUCAAAAUAAAGAUGAAGAAGUUCAAGGAGAAACUUCUGUGCAAGUUUAGAGGUGAAAAGAGAGAGUGCUGAGCAUAAUGAUCAGAAAGCUGCUACUUUUUUCGAGAUGCACAUUGAAAAGUGUAGCUAUUUCUUUAAACGGCAUUUUUAGCCCUUGCUCUUUCCAUGUGGGUGGUAAUGAUCUAUAUCACCCUUUUCUCUAUCUUUUUUUUCAAACACCCCUUCAUCAUCCAUCUUAAUUUGCAUAAGGACAUAUCUACUUUAAUGUACUACCACAGUUUACAGUUAACAUGGGAAAGACCAGCUUCAGUAUCCUCUUCAGCUAGGAUUGCUCUAACUUUUACCUUUCACAGUUUCCUGAUUCAUAUUUGCCCAGGCUCUGAUGCUUUGAAUUGGUUUUGGCUCCUCUUUUUUGGUUUUGUUUUUGUUGUUAAACAUCAUAAUGCAGUCGCUCAUGAAUUUCUACCCUUGUUUCCCUGAUAAUCUGCCUUUUCUCCAUUUCUCCUUCCCUUACUAUCUUUCUUUAAAUUACUGUAACUGAUUGGUCCCACUAAAAUUUUAAAGUACAUGAAGUAUCUUCAUUGGUUCAUCCUCUUGCCCCCUCCAGAUGUCAAAAAACUUUAUCCUGCCCCCUAGCUGACCACGCAGAUUCCUUUAUUUCAGCCGCCCAUGUGAGUCUACCUUCCCAUAAGGAGUGCCCUAAUCCAGCCCUUUUUUUAUUUGUUUCUUAUGAACCAUAUCUUUAGGCUCUUCCCAUUUCUAGUUGGGAGAUAGGUAAGUUUCAAAUCUAUGCCAGUCUCAUGAAUAUUACAUUAGGGUAAUGUGCUAUAAUGAAGAAACAAAAAAUACAGUGCUUAAAAGAAAAUAGAAUUCUAUUUCCCUCUAAUGAAACUGGCUGGUUGGUUAAUACUAACAGGGUUACUCUGCUCAUGACGUCUGCUCAGAGUCCCAUGUCUUUCUGUCCUGAAGCUCUGCCAUGUCCUAGCUUAGGACAUGGCUUAACUUAUUUACACCAGAGGUUGCAAACAUUUUUUGUGAAAAAUCAGACCUUGGCGAUGACCUUGAGCAGUAGGAUAUAAAUAACUCCCACAGGCUUAGCGUUCUAAUAAUGGAACACUAGGCAUAAAUGGGUUAAAAAUGGAUCUCUACCAUGUCUCCAUUCUAUCAAGAAAAAUGCAAGUAUAGCAAUGUAUUUUUGAGGAAGGGAUGUGGAAGUUGGACACAUCUCUUCUCCUACAUUUAUUGGUAAUGAUCAUAUCCAGCUGUGAGGCAACUAAGUGUUGUCUCUAGGUAAGCAUUCAUACCCCUAGGAGGAACGGAACAUCAGAUUUUCGGGGCCAGAGUUUCCACUGUGUUGGAUGUUACCAUCACUUAGUAGCAUAUUCUUACAUGCAAACAAAAGCUUUUGAAAGACAUUGCCUUAAACCAAAAGAGUGACUUCUGUGGCAGUAAUUUCAGAAAUUGUGACUUGCCAGGAGAGAAAAUAUUAGAAGAAAGACUUACCUGCAUAGGUCAUAUUUUAUCCUACUUUGUAACAGGCCAUCUCUGCUUUUGUGUAUCACUUGUUAAGUUCCUCUUCACUCUAGGUCAUCUUCUGUGUAGUUACUGAAAUAAUCACAUUCACAUACAGUUUACAGUUUUUAUCAUGUUAUCUGUGUACCUGAAGUGUUUAUUAUAUACUUGUCAUAUCCUAUCUAAACUCCUCGACCUGGAAUUCAAAGUUCAUUUUAAUUUUGAAGCAGAUACUAAAUAUGUAUUAGAUUAAUGAAUUAUGAAUAUCCUAAUCCCACCAACUUGAUCUGCGUAAUAAAGCCCAUUCCUCUCUUCAUUAGA